AUGACGCGGACGUGCGCGCACGGGGCGCGCGUCGACGCGAGGCGCGCGCGGGAGGCGUGCGAGGCGUGCGAGGCGUGCGGGACGAGGCGGGAGCUGUGGCGGUGCCUGACGUGCGGCGACGCGUCGUGCGGGAGGUACGCGAACGGACACUCGAGGGCGCACGCGCGAGCGUCGGAGGGGGGGUGCGUCGUGAUGCUGAGUUGGGACGAUCUGUCGGUGUGGUGCCACGAGUGCGAGAGCUACGUGGACCCGGAGAGCUCGGCGGCUUUGCGGGCGUGCGUCGCGGCGGCGGCGCUAGCCAAAUUUGGCGACCGGGACGGCGGGGGGGCGGUUUAG